AUGAGUGUCACGUCGUUGAACCAAGAAGAGAUGGAUGCCAUCCUCUACGAUGCCAGAGAGGGCGACCUCGAGUUCUUAAAACUGGCGUUUCCCUCCAUCAUCCCUGGUCUGCUUCUUCCCACCGUGAAGGACAGCAUCACCUUGAGUACUCCAAUCCACAUGGCAGCAGGAAAUGGCCAUUUGGAGGUGAUGGAAUUUUUUUUGUCGCUUGUGAGUGCUGAAAAAGCUGCUGAGAUGGUCAAGGCCAAGAAUGACAGCGGAAACACUGCGUUACAUUGGGCUGCUUUCAAUGGACAUUUGCCAGUGGUGAAGGCAUUGGUAGAGAAGUACGGAGCCGAUGUGUUUGACAAGAACUCUUCAGGCCAUGACGCCAUUUUUGAGGCUGAGAAUGGCGGUCAGGAGGAAGUGGAGAACUGGUUUUUGCUGAAGUUUGCUAUUGAAGACGACAUCAAGGUGGACGACUCUGGAGAAGACACCAAGAUCACAUACACUCCAGGAUCCGAGUCCCAAAGAUUGGAUGACGAAGCCUCCGAGGCUGCCAAGAAGUUGGCUACCGAGAAGAAGGAUGUGACCGAUGUGGAGUCCCAGACUGCCAAGUUGGAGCUAUAA